GCCGGGGCUCUGGCGGCUUUGCAACUAGGACAAGCCAAGCACGCCAAAAGCCGGGACUCGUUCGCUUCGAGCCUCCCCACGAGCCGCGCGCUGCCCGCCGCCUCGCUGCCCGACCGACCGCUCGCCGUGCCUCGUAUCUCGCACCCCAGGUCCCCGUCCUAGCAGCCGCUGCGCCCGGCAGCAGCCCAGAUCGCUCGGAAAGCUGGCUCCCUGCGCCAUGGUCACCCACAGCAAGUUCCCCAGUGCAGGGAUGAGCCACCCGCUGGACACCAGCCUGCGCCUCAAGACUUUCACCUCCAAGAGUGAAUACCAGCUGGUGGUGAACGCGGUGCGCAAGCUGCAGGAGAGCGGCUUCUAUUGGAGUGCAGUGACGGGCGGUCAGGCCAACCUGCUGCUGAGCGCUGAGCCCACCGGCACCUUCCUCAUCCGUGACAGCUCCGACCAGCGCCACUUCUUCACUCUCAGCGUCAAGACGGAGUCUGGCACCAAAAACCUGCGGAUCCAGUGUGAAGGGGGGCACUUCUCGCUCCAGAGCGACCCCCACAGCAGCCAGCCUGUGCCCCGCUUCGACUGUGUCCUGAAGCUGGUCCACCACUACAUGCCCCUCCCUGAGCAGCAGUCGGGGCAGUCGUCGCACCCCAAACGUGCCUACUACAUCUACUCAGGUGGAGAGAAGAUCCCACUGGUGCUGAACCGCCCGCUCUCCUCCAAUGUGUCCACCCUGCAGCAUUUGUGCCGCAAGACGGUCAAUGGGCACUUGGAUUCCUAUGAGAAGAUGACCCAGCUCCCGGGCCCCAUCAAAGAAUUCCUGGACCAGUAUGAUGCACCCUUCUAAGUGGCUUCUUCAAUGGGGGUACCCAUGACACAAGCACAAGAGCAGAACAGGGGAAAGGAUGAACGAGGAGAUUACAGGGCAAACAAAUAAAAAAGAAAUCAAACUUUUUUUUUCCUGGCAUGGAAUAGAAGAGAGGCUGGGGGCUGACCCAUGGAGUGGCCAAGGAGCCUCUGACCAGCACAGAGACUAUCUUGCUGCCGUUUGCCAAGGGGUACUUUGUGCAAAAGACUGAUGCUGCUGCUGGACUAUGGAACAGGCUGCUGCUCCUUGAUACAAUUGUCUGGCUGGCUUAUGCUGGGUGUGAUAGAAUGGUUUGCAAACCUCCCUAAUCAGUGGACAGUUUACAAAGAGCUUUUCCUCUGCACUGGCCCAGACCACCUCUGAUGACCUCUGACCAAAACCAUUCUGCACUGGAAUCCAGCUAGUGCCUGAAGAUCGACUUUUCCUCAGUUUUAAGGGGAAAUCUUCCUUUUUCUUUUCCUUUUUAAUGAAUCUUUACGUCUCUCAGAAUCUCUUUUUCACCCCAAGAGUCUUCCUCAGAGGAUUUUGGCACACACUUAUUCAUGGGACUAAGCCUUAAAGAAAUCCACAUCCUCCUUUUAUCCCAUGGACUGGCUCAUUACUACACAUUGUAUGGGGAGAAUGCCAUUCACUCUCUCUGUGGUGUUAUGCAAUCAAAGGAGGACAUCAUUCUGAAAAAUCGGAUCACUGCUUUUGGAACACCAAAGUGGAUGAUGAAUGAUCUAGCCAUUUCCCCCCCUGAAGCAUUAUUCUAACUCAGCUUCUUUGCCCAGACUGAUAAUCUCUUGCCUUCAUUCUUGGAUUUUCAGCUCAUCAAAGAAUGGUCUCACAUCUACAGGAGAGGUUGUGGAUUUGUUUGGGCCAUAAAUCGCACUGAAUAACUGAAAAACAUACAGGAAUGUAGCAACAACGGAAUUACCUGGAACUCUUAAAUAAUUGUGGGGAUUUUUUGUCUUGUUUUUUGUAAAAAAUGUAACCAAAAUUUUGUGUGUUCAUCUUAUUUUUCCAUAUCAGGGUUUUAGCAGGGCAGAUAAGUUUUGUUUUUACAGAAAGAAAUGUUUACAGACCUGCCUAAAAAAAAUAUUCUGUCUUUUAUAAAGAUUCCACCUUUCAGCCUUGCAGGCUGCUAGACAUGCUUGAAGACUCAACCAAAAAACCAAACUUGGAAGAAAACUUUGCACAUCUAUUUAUAUUUAUAUUCAAGGGAUUUUAAAGACAACAUCCUUUAAUUUAUAAUAAAAGGCACUAUUUUUUAAAUGAAA